AUGACCCUUCUGUCAGAGGACCAGUCUGCGAGGCCCCAGCCCUGCAGGGUCCCGGAGACUGGCAAACACAACGGCACUUCUUUGCACCAGUACUCAACAGACUAUACUGACUCCAAAGACCACUACAUGGACAGUGGGGAGAGCGCUGUGUUCGGAGCCGUGGAGCCCCCCAAGCGCUCGCGGGGCCGCCUCAUCCUCCACGGCCUGGUCAUGUUUGGAAGGGAAUUCUGCUACGCCGUGGAGGCAGCAUUUGUCACACCGGUGCUUCUGAGCGUGGGCCUUCCCCGCAGCCUGUACAGCUUUGUGUGGCUGAUAAGCCCCAUCCUGGGCUUCCUGCUCCAGCCCAUCAUCGGCUCGGCCAGCGACUACUGCCGCUCGUCAUGGGGCCGGAGGAGGCCUUACAUUCUGGCACUGGGCCUCCUUAUGCUGCUGGGACUCACCUUGUUCCUGAACGGAGAUGCUGUCAUCUCAGCGCUCAUCAGCAACAGGUCAGUGAGGAGCACAUGGGCCAUAGUGGUGGUGAUGCUCGGAGUCGUGCUCUUCGACUUCUCGGCAGAUUUCAUCGACGGGCCCAUCAAGGCCUACCUGUUCGAUGUGUGCUCACAUCAAGACAAGGAGAGAGGUCUGCACUACCACGCCCUACUCACAGGUCCAGAAGAGGAUGACGUUCAGGUCGCUUAUGGCAGCUGUCAUGAACAUGCCAAACCACUAUCGCUACCUGUGUGUCAGUCACCUGCUGGGAUGGACAGCCUUCCUCUGCAAUAUGCUCUUCUUCACAGACUUUAUGGGACAGGUAUUAUUUUGUGUGUCUCUGCAUGGUGAUAACACACAUGUGAACGUCACUCCACGCAUUAAA